AUGAACUGUUGUCUGGUUACACAGCAAAAUCCAGAGACAGAUGUCCAGAGACACCCAGAAACAGACGUCAGAGACACCCAGAAACAGAUGUCAGAGACACCCAGAAACAGAUGUCAGAGACACCCAGAAACAGAUGUCAGAGACACCCAGACAGAUGUCCAGAGACACCCAGAAACAGACGUCAGAGACACUCAGACAGAGAUGUCAGAGACACCCAGAAACAGAUGUCAGAGACACCCAGAGACAGAUGUCAGAGACACACAGACAGAUGUCCAGAGACACCCAGAAACAGAUGUCAGAGACACCCAGGCAGAUGUCAGAGACACCCAGAGACAGAUGUCAGAGACACACAGACAAAUGUCAGACACCCAGACAGAUGUCAGAGACUCCCAGAAACAGAUGUCAGAGACACCCAGACAGAUGUCAGAGACACACAGACAGAGAUAUCAGAGACACCCAGACAGAUGUCAGAUACACCCAGACAGAGAUGUCAGAGACAGCCAGAGAUGUCAGAGACACCCAGAAAGAGAUGUCAGAGACACACAGACAGAUGUCAGAGACACCCAGAGACAGAUGUCAGAGACACCCAGACAGAUGUCAGAGACACCCAGACAGAUGUCAGAGACACCCAGACAGAUGUCAGACACCCAGACAGAUGUCAGAGACACCCAGAAACAGAUGUCAGAGACACCCAGACAGAUGUCAGAGACACCCAGACAGAUGUCCAGAGACACCCAGACAGACGUCAGAGACACCCAGAGACAGAUGUCAGAGACACCCAGAAAGAUGUCAGGGACACACAGACAGAUGUCAGAGACACCCAGACAGAUGUCAGAGACACCCAGAAACAGAUGUCAGAGACACCCAGAAACAGAUGUCAGAGACACCCAGAGACAGAUGUCAGAGACACCCAGAGACAGAUGUCAGAGACACCCAGAGACAGAUGUCAGAGACACCCAGACAGAUGUCAGAGACACCCAGAGACUGAUGUCAGAGACACCCAGACAGAUGUCAGAGACAACCAGAGACAGACGCCAGAGACACCCAGAAAGAUGUCAGAGACACACAGACAGAUGUCAGAGACACCCAGACAGAUGUCAGAGACACCCAGACAGAUGUCAGAGACAACCAGAGACAGACGCCAGAGACACCCAGAAAGAGAUGUCAGAGACACCCAGAAAGAGAUGUCAGAGACACCCAGACAGAUGUCAGAGACACCCAGACAGAUGUCCAGAGACACCCAGACAGAUGUCAGAGACACCCAGAAACAGAUGUCAGGGACACCCAGACAGAUGUCAGAGACACCCAGAAACAGAUGUCAGGGACACCCAGACAGACGUCAGAGACACCCAGAGACAGAUGUCAGAUAAACCCAGACAGAUGUCAGGGACACCCAGAAACAGAUGUCAGGGACACCCAGACAGACGUCAGAGACACCCAGAGACAGAUGUCAGAUACACACACAGAUGUCCAGAGACACCCAGACAGAUGUGA